UCGACACCUGUCACCAUCUCUUCUUCUUUCCUUGUUUUUCUAUCCAUCUCGUGGAAACCGCAGUCUGGCAUUCUCAGGGUGCACCAAAGCUCCUAACAAAAUUAAAAUUUAUUCCAACUUCCGAGCUUGGUGGCGGCUAAACCGUUGAUUUCCCACUUACCCAAAAAGGCAAAAGAAGAAACCUCGGAUUUUAGACCGAGCCAGUUGCAGUUUGCACCACAUGUUAGUUCCGAGACUGAAGAUCAUCCAGGUGUUGGCGGUGGACCCAGUCAUGACUGCUGACGGGAGUAAUCCAUUGAUCUCUGUUCAACCCAAUGCCCUCAAGUUCGUUUUUGAGCUUGAAAAACCAAGCUUUUGUGAUCUUAAAGUGGUGAACAACACAGAACACUAUGUGGCCUUUAAGGUUAAAACGACUUCGCCUAAGAAGUACUUUGUGCGACCAAACACUGGUGUUGUACAGCCUUGGGAUUCAUCUGUUAUCAGAGUCACUCUGCAAGCUCCACGGGAAUAUCCUCCAGAUAUGCAAUGCAAAGACAAAUUUCUGUUACAGAGUACUAUAGUGCCUCCAAAUACUGAUGUGGAUGACCUGCCAGCCGAUACUUUUAAUAAGGAAAGUACUAAGGAGAUACAGGAGUGCAAGCUUAAAGUUUUCUAUGUAACUCCUUCCUCUCUUGGAAAUUCUGAAGAUGAAGGAUUCAAGAGCUACUCAGAUCAAGCCCCUGAUUCAAACUCUGCUGUGCAGCAGCUGAAGGAUGAAAGAGAUGCAGCAGUUCGGCAAACACUGCAGCUGCAACAGGAACUGGAUUUUCUGAAGAGACGGAGACAUCGAAGGAAUGACACAGGAUUCUCCUUAAAGUUUGCGUUGAUUGUGGGACUGAUAGGGAUAAUGGUUGGGCUGCUGUUGAAUUUUUCAUUUUCAUCAUCGUUGUCAUCACCGGCAGCAGUACCAACUGUAGAGACAACUACAUCACCUGUAGAGCCAUCUACUACAGAAGGAAUAGAGACGCCCCUUUAAAAGAAAUGUGGUAACCAGUCAUUUUGUCUACUUGGUUGUAUAGUGCUGAAUGUUACUGUUGGAUGAAGAGGAGUGUGCUAACUUCCUUUCCUUUUUCCUUUUCUGUGUAUUUUGAUCUUUGCCAUCAUCAUUAUUAUAUUCUGUUUAUUUUUUUAAUUAAUUUAUUUUAUGUACUUUCAUUCAAUUUAUAAGUUAAUAUGUUAUUUUUCAGUAAAGAAUUGUUAGUUUCGUA